CACGCAUCAAUCCAGUAUACGGCAUUACACUGGGCAGCCAAGCACGGGGAUGAAAACAUCGUCAAGUUGAUUGCCGGGACCUACAAGGACUACAUAAAGAGCGUAAACGAGACAACGAACGGGGUGAGUUUUAUUGAAGGAGUUUAAGUAAGAGCUAAUUUAGUGCUUGGAGGUUUAAAUAAAGGACGUAGGGCGCGGGCGGAGGGUGGGCUUUCGAAGCAGGCUGAGGAGACAGCAGAUAGGAUCAGAUGCGUGUGGUCUCUGGGUUUGCUCCGGGAUACACGGCGUUACACAUCGCGAUGCAGUUUGAUCACGAGAACAUCUUCAACCUCCUUGUCCAGGUGUACGGUGCAAAUCAAGAGAUUCGCGACCACAGCGGCAAAAAAGCCAGACAAUAUUUGGCGGCACAAGAAGCCGCAGUCAGUCAAGAUACCUUUCGAAAAAUAAAAGCAAGGAAAAAGCACACAGAGAAAGAUCUUGGUUUCCUGCGAAUUGGCUCCCUGAACGUCCGCGUGAAACGUACGACGGAGGCGUUCAGCCAAUUCUUGGGUGUAGCAACUAGUACCAACAACGAGAAAAUCCACAAAACUUGGGGCUCUGCUGACAACAUCCAGGAGCACAAAAUGAUGCCGCCGCCCAAGUACGCGCCGAUAAAAAAGCGCAAGAGCAGACGCGCCCAAGACUUUACGUCCCGUCAUCAAGCCAUAAGCCAGCCGAGUACCCCGUUACCACAGAACAAGGGUGUCGUCGCCAACAAAAGCCCUAAACUUAAAAAUAAACGGCCGUCUUCCACAACCGCAGUUACUCAAACAACAGCACCUGCAAUAACGCACGACUCCGAUUCUGAUGGCGCAUGUGGGUUCGAUUCCGCUUGGCGUGGAUCCGCCCAAUUAUGAAAAUAUUUAUAUCUAUUUUAUUUAUUUAUUAUUAUUAUUGUCAAUUCUUUAUUUAUGUCAACUUUAAUCCUUCCACUCGUAUGAGAUUAUUAAUAAUUACUAUUAAUUAACCUAAAUAUUGAGAGAUAUUGUAGUUGAAAUUCUAGAUUAUUGAAUUUGUAGAUGUACAAAUUUUUAGGGCAAUUCUGUCUACUAAUAGAAUCAAGUAAAGAAAAUUUUUUAUCAAGCAAAUAAAUAAAUAAAUAC